AUGUAUACUCUAGCUCUCGGUCAGUUGAACGUUGAAGGUCAAAAAGUUGAUAUAUUCUUAAACACAGAUGAACUUCCACCAGUCCUUAUUGGCAACAGACAACAGCACAUAAUGACAAGGUGUCAGUCAAUCAGUGGCGUCUUUAAAGCUCCUACCUUGCUAAACAACAACCUUGCAGAUGUACUUCAGUGCUUGUCUGCAGAGGUAAACUAUGCGUUGUUGAUAAUGAGUUCAAUGUACAUUGCUGUUUUCCAAGACCGACACAGACGAUAUGGCUAUUUUGACCCACACUCUCGACAGCCUGAUGGCUUACCCUCUGGCUUUGGUUCUGGCACAGCUGUCGUCUUUAUUUUCACACAUUUAAGUGAUCUGAUCACAAAGCUUGUGACAUUGUUCCGUGCAGUGGGCUCUGGUCCAAAUGCUUCUUUUGAGCUGACACCUGUACAAUUUCAGACUGUGGAUGAGCUCUCAGGGGGAGAAAAUUUGCCACAUGUUGAGUCUAAUGCAGAUGUUGUUCCAGUAGCAGGGCAGCAAGAACUUCACAUGUCCAGUCUACCCCGGGCUGAAUCUGAGGUAACUUCCCCAAUAAAAUCUAAUUGUAUAACUAUGCCAAAUCUUUCUAAAAGUAAUAAACAGGAAAGGAUAAAAUUAAAAAGAAGAGUUCUAAAGGGAGAGAAAAAAGUUGCAGUUGACAAAAAUGCAAAACAGCGCGAACGUUAUGCCAAAGACAAAUCAUACCAGCAAUGUAAAAAGUCUUGGAUAGUUGAUCAGUACAGACAGGAUCCAGAGUUCAAACAGAGAAGGAGGUCUUACUACAACCGUUACUGUGCUGAUAAUGUGGAGAUAAAACAGCGACAAAGAUCUUACCAUAAAAAAUGUUACCAAAGUGAUGUAGAGUUCAAACAGAGACAAAGAUCAUACGUCAAAAACGGUUACCAAAGUGAUGCAGAGUUCAAACAGAGACAAAGAUUGUACAUCAAAACCGUUACCAAAGUGAUGCAGAGUUCAAACAGAGACAAAUGUCCCACUUUAACCGCCGAUACACAAAUGAUCUAG